AUGCCUUUCCCUAGUUGCUGCCAGUUGCCUGUGCUGCCCAUCGCCUCGCCCUGGCAUGUAGAGAUGCCUCAUCUGAGGUUCCUUACAUGGCUACCUUCAGUGAAGGACACACGCUGGCUGUCUCAGCACCUGGCAGUCAGCACUCUGCAAAGAAACCUCGGUGCCUUGGCGGAGGAGACAGAAAUCAACAAGUGUCCAGUAGCCAAGGGUCUCUAUGGAUUCUGCUCCACCUACCGCUUUGUUGCUGCAGUCUAUCUCCAGGCUGAUGUGUUGCCACAUCUUGCUCGCCUGUCCAAAGUUUUCCAGAAGGAAAAUGUCAACUUCUUGGUCCCAGUGACAAUGGCAUGCCUGAGAGCCAUCAGGGAUGCUGGUGAUGCACAGCCCUUUGGAUCAUUCUUGGCCCGGCUCCACAAUGACCUGGAUGACCCUGCAGGAUUAGGGGCCUUUGAAAUCAGUCAUCAAGAGGAGAGGGGAAGGAGAGGCAGAGGCCAGGUGGAGUACACCAGAGACAUGCUCUGGUCCCGGUUCAGGACACAGGUAAUGGGACCAUAUCUGGAUGGUCUCCUGGACAGCCUGGACUGGAGAUUUCAAAACCUGGGGAUAAUUGGAGCUUUCCAUGUGCUGGGACCCAAGGCACUUAAAGAAGAUGAUGCUGUCGUCACUGAAGACCUCAAGACCCUGUCCAAAAAAUUCCUGCAGCAGCAGCCUGAAACCACUCUGCUGCAGGAAUGGUCAUCCUACAAGCAGCAUUUACUCACAGGAGCUUUUAAGGUAAAAUGUAAGGUCCAAAUUAAUGGGGGAGUUCAGCAGAAAGAUGAUGGAGGAACCUAUUUAAUGACAUGUCGUCCCACUGUGUUUAAUGUGUUUCAGGAUAUGGACCAAGUAACAACAAUGGAAAAACUGUCAUCCCAGAAUGACGAGUGGGCACUGCUGUGUCCCUCCAUGAGCCAGCUGGCAGCCAUUGCCCUGAUGGUUCCCAUCUCAAGUGUGAACUGUGAGAGGGAUUUUUCAACAAUGAAUAGGAUGCUCUGGUUCAAAAUGAGACCAAACGUUGGAUGCGAUGGAGGUGGCUUGGACAGCCUCCCUAAACACAUGCUCGCCAGAGAAGGGGCUAGGAAGCAGCCGACCUUUGACUGCUUUUCCCUUUGCUAUGUGAUGGAGGUGACUUGGCCAACCACUCCAAACCUAUGCUGA